AUGAAAAUUUAACAUUUUCCUUUAGAUUUUGGAAAUUUUCAAAGUCACCAAAAACGGUGCGGUACCUACUGCCCGAAUAUAGUAGGGUCCUCUUACCCUACGGCCGGAAUACGAAUGUCUAUCCGUUUAUGGGAUGUUAAGACAGGAUAAUAAAAAGCCAAAUUAGAUGGUCAUUCAAAUUAUGUUAAUUCAAUUUGUUACUCUCCUGAUGGAACUACAUUAGCAUCUGGUAGUGUAGAUAAGUCUAUCCGUUUAUGGGAUUUUAAGACAGGAUAAUAAAUAGCCAAAUUAGAUGGCCAUUCAUCAACAGUUUAUUCAGUCAAUUUCUCAUCUGAUGGAAAUACAUUAGCUUCUGGUAGUGAUGAUAACUCUAUCCGUCUUUGGAAUGUAAAAACAUCAAAGGAAAUACUCCAAUCAGAUAGCAGCUAUAAAGAUUUGCUUUCCUAGUUCAACAUACCUCUUCAGAAUAGCUCCUUAUUGCCAAAUGGUAUUUAUUAUUAAUUAUUAUUUAGUUAAUCCUUAUUGUACAAUACUUAGAAUCUGUUAGAAUCCUUUGUUUCAAGCAUCAGGAACACUUAUCUUACAAGGACAAUUCAUGAAUUAUUAAGGAAUAGAUUUAAAACCAUUGUUCAAAUCCAAAGGAAGUUGCUUUUUAGAAGACUUAAAGCAAAAGAAGUGA